GAUGCUAAGGACCAGAGCACUGUGGCGGUAGUUGUUCAUCUGUCGCUCUGACUAAAUAGCGAAUAUGGGGAACUGCGUGCAAGGAAUAAAGGACUACUUCUGCCGGCCAAAGAACACCAAUGUCCGAGUGAGCCUCCCCAUGGUGUGCUUUGUCUGGCAGAUUGCCAUGAUCAUUCUGUUUGGCGUCUUCAUCCGUUACGAUGAGGAGUCUGACACCCACUGGAUCGAACACAGGAGAGAAGAGAACAUAACAAGUGAUAUAGAGAAUGACUUUUACUUCAGGUACCCAAGCUUCCAGGACGUCCACGUGAUGAUCUUUGUUGGUUUUGGCUUCCUAAUGACCUUUCUGAAGAAGUACAGUUUUGGCGCCGUGGGGUUCAACUUCCUCAUCGCCGCCUUUGGAAUACAGUGGGCUCUACUGAUGCAGGGCUGGUUCCACGCCCUGGACCCAGCAGACGGGAAGAUCAAAAUCGGCGUUGAAAGCCUCAUCAAUGCAGACUUCUGUGUGGCGGGCUGUCUGAUUGCAUAUGGUGCAGUUCUGGGGAAGGUCAGCCCAGUCCAGUUACUGGUGAUGACACUGUUUGGUGUGACACUCUUUGCAGUGGAGGAGUACAUCAUUCUCAGCCUCAUUCAUGCAAGAGAUGCCGGUGGCUCCAUGGUGAUCCAUACUUUUGGGGGUUAUUAUGGUCUAGCCAUAUCUUGGGUUCUAUAUCGCCCACAUUUGGACCAGAGCAAACGUCUGCAAGGGUCUGUGUAUCAUUCAGACCUAUUCGCUAUGAUUGGUACACUCUUCCUCUGGAUGUUCUGGCCCAGUUUCAACUCGGCCAUCACGGACCACGGAGACGGGCAGCACCGGGCUGCCAUUAACACCUACCUCGCCCUGGCAUCUACCGUACUGACCAGUGUAGCAAUCUCCAGUGUUUUCCAGAAGAAAGGCAAACUUGACAUGGUCCACAUACAGAACUCCACCCUGGCGGGUGGUGUGGCUGUGGGCACGGCGGCUGAGUUUCUUCUGACGCCCUACGGCUCUCUGAUCGUGGGCUUCUGCUGCGGCAUCCUGUCUACAUUUGGCUACCUCUACAUCUCGCCGUUUAUGGAGAGGACGCUGAAGAUUCAGGACACCUGCGGCGUGCAUAACCUGCAUGCCAUGCCCGGCGUCAUCGGAGGCAUCGUCGGGGCUAUUACUGCAGCAGCUGCCACUGAGGCCGCUUACGGACGUGAGGGAUUAAUCAAUACCUUUGACUUUGAGGGUGCUUUUAAAGACCGGACACCUAAUAUUCAGGGUGGCCACCAGGCAGCUGGGUUGUGUGUGGCCAUCGUUUUUGGGAUUGGAGGAGGAGCGAUAGUCGGCAUGAUCCUGAGGCUGCCAAUCUGGGGAGACCCUGCAGAUGACAACUGCUUCGACGAUGAGGCGUACUGGGAGUUGCCUGAAGAUGAGGAGAGUAUUCCUCCAAUUCUGGAAUACAACAACCACAUGAGCAACAAGCAGCAGGAAAUGUCUGAAUCCAACUUCAGUGUGGAGCAGAGCUAGUGCUACGGCCGGACGCUCUGCAGGGCUGCAGAUCAGUGCCUCAGCUCUUCUGCAACGAUGAAGAUGCCAUUCUGGAGGUGGGCGAAUGCCCUCGGCCAGAGACUGCUCCUGUACUUUUUACAUUCCUGUAAGCCAACAGCAAUGAAAGAAAUAUUAGAGGUUCAAAGGUCCAGAAGGUGAUACCUGUUGGUAUGAUGCUUUUUUUUUCACCGUAUGAAUUGUACUCAUAAUAGAAUAGAAUAGAAUAGAAUAGAAUGCUUUUUAUUUUUUUUAAAGAUUAUAAAGAUUACUAACUACAAAGUUACAACAAUUAAGUUACAAACAUGGCUUAACUAGAUCUCACCCCUAAUGUGGUAUUGUUUAUAUAUAUAUUUUUUUUAAAUAUCAAUGUUAUGACAUGUGACACGUAGACGUGUGCGUGCGUGCAUGCGGGCGUGUGUGUGUGCUUGUGUUUUUUCACAAUUUUAAAUGUCUGGAUUGAUCACUGUUGAAAUGAGGAAAAUGUGCUGCAUUAUAAUAAUAAGAAAAUCUUAAUUAAAUUCUUUAAUUUUCUCAAUGUUUUUCGCAUAAUAAUCAUGAUGGUUUUACAAGAAGAAUAUGUUAUUAUAGGUAUUACAACAGUAUAUCAUUAUUUACAUUGGUGCCAUAUUCACACCUGUAAUUAUGACUUUUUCAUCAUUUUAAUAAACCUCUGUCAGGUCUGUGAAAUAACUUGAAUGUGACACCAAUAAUCUAGUCACAAAUUCCAGCAGAAUAAACUCAAGUUUUGAUUCAGCUGAAUCUUUAUCAAGCUGUAGAAUCUUUAAAUUAUUUUUAUAUUAAGUCAAACUUUCACAUAUUCUGUCAGCAAUUAUGAAAUUGUAUUCAGUUCUGUUCUCUGCAUUGAGUGAUUACAUUCAAUUAAAUGAAAACUGUAAAUGAAUGACUGUAUUUUAAUCUGCUCAUGUACCUGCAAUGUUUUACCUGUAUUUACGGUAUGUGGCCAAUGAACAAAACUCUUGAUAAACAAUAAACAAAAUGUCCUGAUUGCUUUUAAAAUAUGUACCGUCUUCUUUGUCUCAAUAUUACGUUACAUAAUACAAUUGUAUAGGGGUAUAGUUGACAUUUUCAUGCGAUUAUAAUUAUUUUUAAACAUGUAACAUCAUGUACUGUGUAUGAUACUCGUGAAUAAACUUUGUUAUAAAAUGAAUAA